AUGAUAGUAUCAGAACUUGUAGGAGGAGCAGGAGGAGCAGGAGCAGGGGAGGAGCAGGAGGAGAGGCAGAGCAGGGCAAGAAGCAGGAUAGCAGGAGCUAAGGAGCAGAGCAUACAGGAGGAAGAAAAGGAUAAGGAGGGGGAGAGGAGGAGGGAGGAGGAGGAGGAGAGGAGGAGGAGGAGGAGACCUGGAAGAUGUCUAAAAGGGUGCUCGAUUAUGUGGUUUUUCUUGUGCACAGGUCUGAGAGGAACCUGUGCGCAAGAAAGCCAACAUAAUCGAGCACCCUUUUUAGACAUCUCCUCCUCCUCCUCCUCCUCCUCCUCCUCCUCCUCCUCCUCCUCCUCCUCCUCCUCCUCCUCCUCCUCCUCCUCCUCCAAGUUCUGA